GUCCAUCAAAGCGUCCAAACCAUGUCUUCGUCCGAUGCUAUUGAGGACGAGCUGACUUCGAUCAACGCCAUCUUUGACGAGGGAACACUGUCACCGAUCGAUACAAGUGCCAGGUUGUUUAGUCUUCGGUUGCCGUCUUUCCCUUCAAUAGUCCUUCGCAUCGAAUUCCCUGCAGAUUAUCCAGAUGCCCCGCCCUCGGUUCUUGGGACUCAAAGCGUCGGCGACGAUGUGCCAAAAGGUAUGGGAAGUCGAGCAGUGGAUGUGGUGAGGGAUGUGCUUGCGCAAGUGUAUCGACCAGGAGAAGCCUGCAUAUAUGAUCUCCUUGAAGAUACGCGAGAAGCUUUGGAAAAGGCGGGAGAGCAAGGAAACUUUCAUCUGAACGAUCAGAUAGAAGAGCAAAUACAAGAGGAGGAGAUAUUGUACGCCCCACAAAGAUCGACUGCUGACAUUGGACCCGAGCCACCAUGGAUAGUUGGAGAGCCCAUCAGUGAGAAGAAAUCGGUCUUCCUUGCCCGCGUUGCUCCAGUCUCAUCGCCAAAACAGGCCAAGGAGUAUGUUGCGCACUUAUUAGCAACAGAUAAGAAGGCCGCCAAAGCAACACACAACAUGACAUCCUGGCGAAUCAAGGGGCCAAACGAUACCGUCUUCCAGGACUGCGACGACGAUGGCGAAACUGCCGCCGGCAGCCGUAUGUUGCAUCUGAUGCAAUUGAUGGACGUGUGGAACGUCAUGGUUGUCGUCACACGGUGGUAUGGCGGCGUACAUCUCGGUCCAGACCGCUUCAGGCUCAUCAAUACUGCGGCAAGAGAGGCCUUAGUACUGGGAGGCUUUUUGAAAGACAACAAAGAAGAGGGAAACAAGAAGAAGGGCAAGAAAUAGAUAGGUCGACCAAGAACGCACGACGCCCGCCACCAAUCUUUUCCUAUCGAGCUUCCUCCAACUGCAGAUGGAAUGACGCGAAUUCACGUUCUGCUGCGCAUGACGUGCCAUCAGCAGUCAGUAUAGACUCCGGCAAAGUACAGCGGUUUCAGGUGUCCAAGUCAAUGCUCUUGGAUAGGCAGAGCGGCUGUUGAACGACACGAAGAGAUUUGCAAGGUUGGGCGCACUUGUCAAGCACUGCAAGGUCGUAUCGACA